GGAGACCAGUACUCGCACUAGCAAGCUCUACACCCAGUGUAAGAGAGAGAUCAUCGUUUGGUUUCCACCGUUUGAUCUUCAUCAUCACACGAGGAAGAUGCCGAUCAGAAACAUAGCCGUAGGUCAUCCCCAGGAGGCGACUCACCCAGACGCCUUGAGGGCAGCUCUGGCUGAGUUCAUCUCCACUCUUAUUUUCGUCUUCGCCGGAGAAGGUUCUGGUAUGGCCUUUAGCAAGCUCACAGACAACGCUGCAAACACCCCUGCCGGUCUCGUUGCUGCAUCCAUCGCCCACGCUUUUGCCCUAUUCGUUGCUGUUUCCGUUGGCGCCAACAUCUCCGGUGGCCAUGUCAACCCUGCUGUUACCUUCGGUGCUUUCGUUGGUGGGAACAUCACUCUCCUCCGUGGUAUCCUCUACUGGAUCGCUCAGCUCCUCGGAUCCACCGUCGCUUGCUUGCUUCUCAAGUUCAGCACCGGUGGCCUGACCACCUCAGCUUUCGCUCUUUCUUCUGGUGUUGGUGUAUGGAACGCUUUCGUUUUGGAGAUCGUGAUGACCUUCGGGCUUGUGUACACAGUAUACGCCACAGCCAUUGAUCCAAAGAAGGGCAAUUUGGGAAUUAUUGCACCCAUCGCAAUUGGUUUCAUCGUAGGAGCUAACAUUUUGGCGGGAGGGGCUUUCGAUGGAGCCUCCAUGAACCCAGCAGUGUCGUUUGGACCAGCUUUGGUGAGCUGGAGCUGGGACAAUCACUGGGUGUACUGGGCUGGGCCUCUGAUCGGUGGUGGGCUUGCCGGGCUCAUCUACGAAUUCUUCUUCAUCGGCCACAACACCCGAGCAGCUCCCCACCACCGACUACUGAACCAGCGCUGCUGAUGGUGGUGGUGCAUGGAUGAUCGGGUGGCUCGGCUUUUCUUUUCUUUCUCUGGUGUAUUCAAUUUUAUCUUUUGAGGGUAAUUAUUUAUCCUUUGUUUAAAUUGUGAUCGUUGAUCUUUUUUUUUUUUUUUUGUCACAAUCAUCCAAGGGUGUGAUUUGUGUAUUCUGCUUCGGUUGUAUGAUUCCAUUUGUAGUCA